AACAUGGCGGCCCAAGAUGAAGUUGACGUAUGUGAAAGUUGGGAGGAUAUGGACGAAAUUGGCUUAGACACGAAGAUCAAGCUGAUGUCAAGUGCGUCCCCGCCAGUGAAAACUCCACUGAAAGGUUGCAAGGUUACGAACGUAAUUGUGGAAGACAGCGCCUGUAUUGGGUCUCAGUGCGUUAUGCCGGAGCCAGCUAUUCGCAUUCUGAAGCGGCCAUCGACGCUCGCGAGCGGGCAGCUGAACGGCGAACGGAACGCGCGCCCUGUUAAAACUCUCCAACAAAGACAGAAAGAAUACGAAGAAGCGAGAUUACGGAUACUGGGCGAAGCGCGGAGCCCCGAAGACGUCAUCGACGACAAUUUGAGCUGCUUGCAAGAUAAAUUACAAGCGAAUAGCAUUAGCGACAGUCAGAAUGGGAACAAAGUGAAGAAUUGUCACAAUGAUAAUGCCAAAGGGAAGGAGCGUAAGGUGCUAGUGAGGUUACCACCCGGAGCUACUGCGUCAGGGGUGUUCCCGUCCCCGCCACCUCCGGGAGUGCUUGUUAUACGGACACCUCGGGGUCCCGACGGUACCAAAGGCUUCCAGCGAAGGUAGCACCAGCCCAUGACAGUCAUACACUAAUUUGUAAUUAAUUCCAUCCACAAACUACCCGAGAAAGACAAUGUUGAAAUAUUGGCUCUGAUUAUAAUAUGAUCUUCUUCACAAUUCCUAAAUUGUGUUAACAUUGUUUCUAUGGUUCUAAAAAGUGUCUUAUGACCACAUAUGCUCCAGCCGGACUAGCACAUGAUUAGCGUGACAGUAAAGAUAGACUACCCGUCUCUGUUUAAUACAACUAGAAAAAGGUGAGUAGUCUAUCUCAAAGGCGAGAUACUGUCGCGCCCCGCCUGUGCUAGCACAGGCCUAUUGAGGUGAAACAAGUGCAUGGUAUUCAUGUUAUCAAAAAAAUCCUUAAUUGGUCUAAAAACUUCAUAACAUGCUAAUUUUGUUUGGAUGUAUCAUUAGAACUAAUGCAUACAUACAUAAUUACAGUAAACUAUAGAUUUUUUUGAUAACUGGCCUUACUACUGUUAUACAAUGAUAUGUCAAUAAAAUCCUGACCAGUUUGCUGUUAACAUUGUUGACAUGUUGUUGUUGGCAAUUUCAGGCAUUUUGCCUGUGUAAAAUGAAGCUCAAUUCAAUCAAAAGUUUGUAAUUGAAUAUCCUGUAUAUAAAUAUGAAUUUUCCCUCUAUUUAUUAUCAAUGCUAUAAAACAAGUGGCUCUUAAAGCAGUUAUUAUGGAACACUUGGGGCUAUAGUGUCAUAUUUUUCAAACAAGUUGUAACUUUUCACUUUAUAUACAAAUCACCAUGAAAAAGGAUUUUUAUGCCAUUUUCAAAUAUUAACAAUGUGUUCACACCCUUGCAUAGACAAUAUAAAUAAUGUUAUUGGAACUAAAAAACACCCUCUCAUUCUAUAAAACAAAACAUUUUAUUUUUGGGUUUCAAAUAGACUUAAAUUAUUUCAGUGCAUAGGAAGCCACAAUUAUGUUUUAAGCAAAUAAUUUAGAAUGUUUGGGAUUUUUUGAAUUUUGAUAAACAGACCAAUUUCAAGAAAAUUACAGUAAAAAAUUAAUUUACAGUAGUUGAAAGAAAUGUUGUUAUAUCUAAAAGCUAGAAUACUUGCUUUAAGAUUUAGUAUACAAGCAUUUGCUGCAAGUUGCAAAAUUAUUUUAACCAGAUUUUACUUCUGGAUGGACCAAGGUUCCCAAAUAGUUCCCAAUUACAGUACUUCAUACCAUUGUUGAUAAAAAAGAUAUUUCUCUUGACACCUGCAUAACAUUAAUUACUACUUAUACUACAUUUGUUCCUGAACAUAAAUUAUGAAUUGUGAAUGAUGAUUGAGCUCACUAAAGGGAACAAUAAUUUUUAUUGUAUGUAAGUGAGAGCUAGAUGCCAAUCUAGUGGGGUCACUAGAGGUAAUUGUAAAUAGAGCAAAUGCUACAGUCAUUCGAUUUGUAGCUGGCCCCGACGGCUAAUCCUUUGUCUAUUGUUAAGUAAAACUGCGCUUAAGCACACAUGUAAAAAAGGGUCGUAUGAUUCUAAUGGCACCUAAGCGCGGGCUAGUCCAACGCUCAAAAAACCAGUGUAAGUGCGCUCUCCGAUAACGCGCCUUUGUUACGUAUCUCGAUGACACAUUUUAGACUGGUUCUGGAGCGUUGACUCGCCGGCACCCAGUAACCGUAGAGGGAUCACACAGCCUCGCAAAUUAUUUUUCCAUUUGUUCAUUUUGAAUCUUAUUGCAAUUUCCAUAGGAGUUGUAAUUCAAUAACGGUGAACGUGACUGAGCCAUUUUUUAUGCAGGUAAGUAGCACACGCGGUUUUACUUAACAAUUGACAAAGGAUUGGCAGUUCGGGACCAGAUACAAAUCAAACGACUAUAUUAUAAUAAGCACAGUAUACUAGUCUCCGCAUGGUUACCAUUCUGAUGCAGACCCACAAGUUGCUCCUGUUGCUAUAUGUGUAGCACUGUUUUUGUCACACACCGGAGCGAAGUAUGAAGCUGCACUUAAUGUGAUGACCGCCAGACGCCCACAAAGUUUUACAUGAAGUAUGGCAUGGCUGCCAAGAGUGCCAAGUAGAUGCAAACUUAGCAUGGUUGGAAGUCUAUCUUGAAAUACAAGUAGAUGGUAUAAUUUAAUAUACUUCCACAAUAGGUGGACAUUAUCUAUUUUACAGAACAAAGUGUGCCAUGGGUACGAGUGCCUAUACCCUUUUGCUUGUAUUUUUAAGUAGUUGCAUUUGCCCCAUAUUUGCAAUUGCCCCCAGUGAACCUGUCAACAUAUUGAAUGAUUGUAUGUGCAAGUUUUCAGAGUAUUUAAAUAUGUUUUAGCUCAAUUCGAUGAGCUUGAAUGGAUGAGUGCACUUUGGUGCAAUAUUUUUUUAACAGACAAGUAAAUAAUGAGGUUUGCUAGUCUCCAAACAACAAUAUAAUCUCUGUGUCUAUGGUUCAUUAAUAAUGUAGAUGAACGUCUAGAGCCUCUAAUUAUUGUUAAUGGUCAAUAACAAAUUUUCUUGGCCAUAGACAUCAGCCAAGAUUUCACAAAAGAACUAAGAAAAAUGCAAAUAAUCAUUAUUUACUUGUUUUUGAUUCAAGUUGAGAAUAUUGCUGCUAGUUCGGAUAUUUAUUUGAUCUCUGUAAACAUGUUAUCUACAAAGAAUUAUGUCAUAAUUAUCAAAACAACAUUCAUUUCUAAAGAUGAAUGCGUCUAUUGUAAGGUAGUGUUUACACAAAUGAUGGUUGCAAAAAUUCUCUAAAAUGAGCUAAUGUCAUUUAGUAAAUAUUUAUUUUAGUUUUAUGUCUAAAACCAAAGAGUUAUUAAAAAUAGAAGACGUAUAAAGUUUAAGAAUAAGUUGUGCUCGCGGCCGUCUGGCUGUCAAAAGUUGACUUGAGACAAUUCGAGUACCCGAAAACAUAGCGCCAUGUAGUUCGACUGUCAAACUACGAACACGAAUACGGGUACGAAUUUCUUUGACUUUACACUACUUCUACAAUCAGUGACUCUUUGCUUAUAAUUGGAACAUUGUGAAUGAUGAGAUGUGCGCUAAUGGUCUUAGGCCUCGGUCGGCCUAAGUCGUCCUCACCACCACUCGCUCGUCGUGUGUCUUCGCCGGGCAGCGGUUGAGAACGACUUAGGCCUUACAAGCGAUAUAGAAGACCGUGUUAGUCUGUGCAGAAAGAGAAGAGUCGUGGAAUGUAUCGGGCCCCACAACUGAAAGUGUGUGUGUGUCCACAACUGUGGAGGAGAAAAAUUUGGAAAGCGAAUCCUGGGCUCUAAAGUAUGUGAGGAGCAACCGCGAUUCAUGCUAAGUAGAGAUUUUAGUAGCAAUGUAAUCAGAAACUACUAAAAAUCAGUAAGGUGAUAAGGUAAUUCUGAAAAGUUUCGAAUGUCGGGUAAAUCCAAAAUGAACUCUAAUAUGAUGGAUUUAUGAGUGAUUUUUGGAAUUAGCCGACAUUUUUAAGUAGUCGCAAUUACCUCACUUGUAUUUUCUCCAGUCCACCUUUUUUAAUCGAAGAUUUUCUUUUAAAAAUCUUUUCGGUUUGUCAACCAUCAUGCCACCACAUUUUAAUGAAAACAAUUCAUUACACAACAAUUUCAUUAAUUAUUAUAUAUUUAUUAAACAAUGUGUGCAUACAAUUAAUUGAUAGAAUAAUUGUCAAAAUUAUAACAUUAAACUUUUUAUAUCCCAUUUUUCUACAUUAUACAUUAUAGUAUAUUUUUUAGGAUAAGGUACUUGCUAAUUGUAUAUUUUUAGCAUAUUAUUUUAACGUGUUAAGUUUUGAUGGUGCUUGUGGUCGGUAUAUGUCAAUGCGCAGAGAACCACUGUGUAUAAUUCUGGUUAUUUCACCUCAUUGUAUAGAACACAGUAGGUAUCAUAUACCCCUUAGUAUAAUUUGUCGAGAUCUCGCAAGGAUAAACCAUAGGAUAGACUGUAUAAUAACGACUUUCAACUGUUAUACAACAACGCUUUAUUGGCGAGGGCUUGCCGCGAAGUUUUGAGGCUCGAAAUUCGUAUAUCUAUGACUCCAACAUCGCGAGACAUAUAGUGAUCCAUUAAUAGAUACUAUCUUCUAUCUAUCAAUUUAGUUAUCCAUGUGCCCACAUGUAAUCUUACACUUGUCCCUGAAGAAAAUAUUUGUUUUUCCAUUGUAACCGAAUAUAUAUCUUAUGCCUGAUAGAACUAAGGUUUAAAAUUUUCUAAAAUCCAAAUCACCUUGCGGGAAUCUCUGCAGUCUUCAAUUUGUUAUUGACAAACUGACCAUGAAGCAUUCGAGUGACUGAGGUGCAUGAGUUCUGGUCAGAGUUUGAUUUGAUUUUACCAUGGUUAUAUUGUAUAUUCUGGUUUGAAAAAAACAAUAGCCCUUAUAUCAUGUUAUUUUAUGAAACUUUAAUAUCCUAUUACUGUUUCGUUAGAAUCGUGGGUCUAAAUUACUGUUACAUAGACUGCUAAAAUCAUAACCCUUUUGGCCUUUUCAUAAUCGGGUUAGUAAAAAAUGUUACCCAAAAAUUUCGGGUAUUGUGACGUCAUUUGAGAAUUUUGAGAAGACUUUCUUGAUAUUGCCUUGACCUGAGAAUCUAUUGUUAAAAUCUAAAUCUCGUUAUCCAUCUCUAUCCCUCGAAUAUGCAAGAGUGAUAGAGAGGCAGAUAACAAUUUUUUAGUUUUUGUGGUAGGCCCUGUGGAAUCAACCAAUGGAGUAACGAGUCUUGUUAUAAGAUUGCACAAAGCCUCGACGCCAAAGUUUUGGAAACCGGAAACGUCGUAAAUAUUAAUAAGUCUCAAUAUUUUUACACUUUUACUAAGCAAGUUAGAAUAAGAGACAAUUUGGUUUGAAAACUGUGGAGUAGAGGUGAUCAAUUGUCUGGUUAAAUUUUCGAUCAAACCCAUAUGGAACGAGACUUACUAGUGUCAAAAGAAAGUAUAGUAGUGGUAAAUAUCAAAUGUUAUUCCGUACAUAAGUUCCGGAAAACUCAUUGGUACGAACUAGGGUUUGAACCCGCGACCAUCGUAUUGAAAGUCUGACGUCAGAUCCACUCAACCACCACCGCUUCUUUGGCUUUAUUUAAAAAAAGAAAACAUUUUUAACAUUUAUAAAAUCGCAGUCUUUAUUUUAAGACGACUUUCGUUUCAAAGUGUAAUGUAAAUUGAACAAUGCUUAUAUUGAUGUCACAGUGAUACGACACGUUAUCGUGACGUUUUUAGUUGGAAGAAACGUCACUUUUGAUACCGACAGAUCGGUAUCGUGUCGCUGUGACAUCUUAUACGCGUUGUUCGAAUUGGGCCAAUAGUUAAAACAUCUUAGUCGAAUAUUGUAAAGUCAAAUUAAAAUCUGACCGAACUAUACCAAUUUUAGCAUAAGUUUACAAACUCUUGAGGAUUGUGAUAUAGAGAAUAAUCAUCUUGUUGCAAACCUUUCUGUUUAUAAUAAAAUGACAAAAAAGUGAAA